CUUUAUUUUGUAUAUUUUACAAGAUUUCUUUUCAAAUUAAAAUUCAUAAAAAAAUGAAAAAGUAGAAUCGGACAUCAAUGUCUACCCCCAUCAAGUCAUUUGUACCACGCGAAAAACAAACAUAAUUUCCACUUGAAAAGGCCAAAAAGCAAAGGCUGAGCUUAAUUUCACUCAAGGUCUUCAACUUUAACUAUGAUGUCUGCUUCACAAUAUUCCUUUUCUCCUUUACUUUACCUCAUUGCCAUUAUUCUCUACAAUCCGCAAUUAGCUUACUGCAAUUGCAAAAACCCGCCGGUCAUCUUCAACUUCGGAGAUUCCAACUCCGACACCGGCGGUCUCGUCGCCGGCCUUGGUUUUCCAAUCAAGUUUCCCAAUGGCCGGGCCUUUUUCGGCCGGUCAGCGGACCGCCUCUCAGAUGGGCGCCUCAUCAUCGAUUUUCUAUGCCAGAGUCUCAACACGAGCUUCGUUAGACCGUAUCUCGACUCGUUAGGUUCUAACUUCUCAAAUGGAGCCAACUUUGCCAUAGUAGGGUCUGCCACGCUGCCUAAGUAUGUCCCCUUUGCACUGAAUAUUCAAGUUAUGCAGUUCAAGCAUUUCAAGGAACGCUCGACUGAGCUUGCUGGCGCCACAGGUAUCACCCAUUUGGUAGGACCAAUAAGUCCCGACAGGUUCCAAGAUGCUCUUUACAUGAUUGAUAUUGGACAAAAUGACAUAGCUGAUUCCUUCACUAAAGGCCUAUCCUAUGUGCAAGUGGUCAAAAGAAUUCCUUCAAUAUUAGCAGAAAUUGAGAAUGCUGUGAAGGAAAUAUAUGAUGGAGGAGGCAGGAAAUUCUGGGUCCACAACACUGGGCCUUUGGGCUGUCUGCCCCAAAAACUAAGUUUGGUAAACAGUAAGGGCCUCGACUCAUACGGCUGUAUAAAAAGCUACAAUGAUGCAGCAAAGUUGUUCAACGAAGGUCUACGCCGUGCGUGUGAAGGUUUAAGAACCGAGAUGAAGGACUCAACCAUAGUAUAUGUGGAUGUUUAUGCCAUUAAGCUAGAUUUGAUUGCAAACUCCACCAACUAUGGUUUCUCGACUCCAUUGAUGGCGUGUUGUGGCUCGGGUGGACCACCUUAUAACUAUGAUAGGAAAGUUUCGUGCGGGUUCCCGGGUUAUCAAGUAUGUGAUGAAGCAGCAAAGUUUGUGAGCUGGGAUGGGGUCCACUACACCGAUGCAGCCAAUGCCAUAAUAGCCUCCAAGAUUCUUUCCGCGGAUUAUGCAACUCCACGAGUUACAUUCGACUUUUUCUGUCAAUGAUUUGAGAUUUCAAGGAUAGGGAGAGAUGCCUGGCUUUGAUGGUACAAAAAUGGAAUAUUGUAAAAGUAAACAAAAAAAGAAUAUAUUAAUCAUAAUCUAUUACUCUCUUAAAAACUUGUAGUUUCUUAAAAACUUUGAAUUGCCAAGAAUGUCCUCACUGAAGAUAUGUUUUAAUGUUAUUAAUGUUAGGAAGUUUACAACUAACAAUAUUUGCUAAGGCUAUGGGACGUAGACAUGCAGACUUUUAAGGGUCGUGUCCCAUCUUAUAAUCAUUUAGCUACAAGUUGCUAUUAAUUUAAUAUCUUUCGCCGCCGUAGUGCACUUGGUUCGGGUCUUCGGCGGCUUGGUUCGGGUCUUCUGUAUUAACUCCUCUCAUUUUGUCCAAGCCUUGC